AUUAUUCUAUAUCAACUAGAGGUCAAUACUCCGACGGAUUGAUCUAUGGCCAGCCCUUCGAAAACUCGCCACGGUUGACUUGAAUCACCCAUUCGAUAAUUCGACAAGGAGAGCUAUAAUUCGGUGAAGACAGGAAAACUCGAAAUGUUAUAGUCAUUGGCACAUUUGCUACUAUCCAGCAAUAUUGUUUUCUCCGACUAUUUUAUCUAUCGAACGAACGAAUGCACUUUACAAAAUCACCAAGACGCUCUGUUCUGACUCGCGAAAACUUUCCUGCUCCCUUGAGAGGCCGUAGCGCAGCCUGUGUGAAGAAAAUGACUGGGGAGAUAACUGGAGAGCCCGUAAUGACCUGCCUGCCAGCAACAAUGGUACCAUCAUCACGAGGAAGGACUGGGGAGAUGACAGGGGAGCCUGUAACAACCUGUCUACCCUCAAUAAUACUUGCUUCGUCGCCCGUCGGAGGGGUCGGAAGGACUGGGGAGAUCGUGACCUGCCUGCCUGUAAGGGCGGGAAUGGCUGGAAUGGCGGGUGGGGCGGGUGGGGCAGGAGGUGCUGGCAGUGCUGGAAGAGCGGGAGGUGCUACAGGUGCGGCAGGUGCCGGAAGAGCGGGAGGUGCGGCAGGCGCUGGCAGUGCUGGAAGGGCAGGAGGCGCUACAGGUGCGGCAGGUGCUGCAGGUGCUGGAAGGGCGGGAGGUGCUGCAGGUGCUGCAGGUGCUGGCGGUGCUGGAAGAGCGGGAGGCGCUACAGGUGCGGCGGGUGCCGGAAGAGCAGGAGACGCUACUGGUGCUGGCGGUGCUGGCAGAGCAGGAGGUGCUGGUGGUGCUGGCGGUGCUGGAAGGGCGGGAGGAGCAGGAAGAGCCUGCCUGCCUGUAAUAACAGCACCAUCAUAUGAUUCUUCACGGCGAAGGACUGGGGAGAGGACCGGGGAGAUCGUGACAACCUGUCUGCCUGUAACAACAGUACGUUUGUUGGAUUCUUCUUCAACAUGGGGAAGAGGAUACGGGGCAGGGUCAGGGCAGGAGAGUUGUCUGCUGGUAAUAUCGUCACGGGGAAGGACGACAGGGAUCACACCAGCUCCAGCAAGGAGAGGUAGAGCCAGAAGAGCUGAUACAGAGAUACGAGCGAACAUGGUGAAUGAAAUCGAAUAAGCUCUACAGUUGUGAGGACUUGAGAAUACCUGCUGGUUUAAUCCCUCUCUUAUAGCUUUCCGAGUCGUCCUCUCUGGGCGACGGAGGUCAUCAGUUGUGGAGUAGAAACGAAAAUACAACUGUGUAUGAGUGCCAAGGUCGAGUAGGGGGGAACGAAUGACGCGUCUGACGCGGUCAAGAAUCAUCAAGGAUCGUUCAAUGGUUAUGUUUCUGUGAUAUGGGGAACCGAGGAGGGGAGUAUCAGUCGAAAAUAGUCCUUGGUCACGGUGACAGCCCUCUCUGACCUUCAUUUCCGGUGUAUAGGCUUGUCCGUGCAAACAUAGUCAUGAGGUUAUGUUUUACGGAGAUCCAGUAUCUCGGGACCGUGAGUGAUGAGUGAUGUUCCCCGCCGCCAUCCCGCCAAUGCCAGUGUUGCUCACUAGUUGGCGGUAUUGUUCGGAAAAGACCAAUUCCGUGCGUUGUAG